AGCAGCUUUUUAACACUGCGGCAGUGCCGAUAGAAAACAGCAGCUUUUUUCGCACUGCGGCAGUUCCGAUAGCCUCAGCCGUACGCCUAGGCUUACAGUGUAAGUUGUUUACAUUGUCAUUACUUCCAAGCCUACGCUUUAAUUUUGAACUACCGUUGCGUUCAAAGAAUGGCUGGAGUUGGCGAGAAAGCACCUGAUCCUCCCCCAAAGCCUAUCUCAGGGAAUGUUGUUAAAGUUUGUCAAAAGUUUGGAGUUUUGGAAGAUGGUGUUCUUGCUCACACACUACAGGAAGAAGAAUUUCAAGGGCAUUAUUCAGGUAAUAUUGAUAGGAGACGGACUGUACGCAAAGACAUCAAGACUGCAAAGCAGUUAGCAUCAGAGGCGGCCAUAGAAACCUAUGCAGAAGAACAUGAAUAUGUCCAACGGUUAAAGUCUAUUGAAGAGCAAGACAAAGAAACAGCCAGAGAGAUGUACAGAGAAAUGUUAGAGGAAGAAAAACGAAAACUCAACAACAUGAAGGCUGUACAUGAAACAGACCAGGAGAUUGCGAAACGAUUACAAAAAGAUGAAGUGAAAGAGAUUGAAAGGGAAAAAAUGGACAGAGAAAGUGAAAGAUUAGCCCGACAACUUUCUCAACAAGAGGAAGUUGGUGCAGUAGGAGGUGUUCCAAUGAAGAGGCAAGAACCCUUAGUGAAAGUUUUAACAGAUGAGGAAUUAGCAAAACGAAUGCAAGCAGCAGAAAUAAAGAAAAUGCGAGAAAUGCACCAGCGAAGAGAAGCUGAAUCUCAGAAAUUGGCAAGACAAGUAGCAGAUAAUGAGCAAUACAAGUCAUCUGAUGCAUCUGAGAUUUCCAAUGGUGAUUCACGGAGAACAGUUACAGGUUUUCCUAAUGGAGCUGGUGUUACUGAUUGUGAUAGUGAUGAAGACACAGAUCACAUAGCUCAAGCCACAAAAGAUGAGAUUUUAGCCCGUAAGCUACAGAUGCAAGAGAACCAGCAACAAGGACAGAAGACAGAGGAGAAAUUAAAGUUAAUGAAGCAUGAUGAGAUAAUAGCAAGAAAGAUGCAACAUGAGGAAGCAAUGAUUGCUAAAAGGAAAGUGUACAAGAGAUACCAAGAAAAGGUUGACAAUGAAGUUGCAUAUUUAGAGCCCAUGGUUCAUAUAGACCUAGAGAGGAAGGUCUCCAUUCCUCUUGGUCUCCAAAAAGGCAAUGGUAUUAAACUCACAGACAUUAAAGCUAUAGACGAGCAACAAGUAGAUAUCACAAAUGCAUCUAGCAAAUUAGGUUCACCUCAAUCUGGAGUUCAACAGGGACAAUCAUCAUCGAUGGGUCCUCCUCUGCCGCCUCCUAAUGCCAAUGUCUUUACAGUCAUUGAUCCUACUUAUAGACCAGCACCAAACAGUAAUGUCCGUCUUAUCAAGCAAACAUCUCUCAGUGAUGAUGCUCCUAAAGACAAGCCAAAGGCUGAGGCACCAUCAAGGACCAAAUCAAAGAAAGAUAAAUCAAAAGAAAAGGAAAAAGCAAGAGAAAAAGGAAAGGAAGAAUCAAAGGAAAAAAAUGAAGACAGAUCAGUGAAGAAGAAACGCUCCAGUUUCUUUGGAAAGAAAAAAUGAUGACAAUGUUUUUAAUUUUUAUUACACAAUUUUUUUUUAAGGAAAUAAAAAGUGAUUCAUUUUUUCUGUUUUUCUUGGUUUAUCUAAAACUCUACAGUUGGAAUAUUUGUUGCAAUUUCUUUUUGACAAUUCUUUUAUAUUUUAUAUUCUAUUCAAAAUUUCUUAUUAUAUAUUCUAUUUGACAAUUCCUUAUUUUAUAUUCUAUUUUAUAUUCUGUUCGGCAAUGCCUUAAAUGUUGUUAAAUGCCUCAUAUAUUUAUGAUGCUUCAUAUUUGGGAGCCAAGUUAUUAUUAUUAUUAUUAUUAUGACAACUUUAUUUUUACACGGAAGGCUUGUCUCACCCGGUGGGUGUUAUUCUACAAGGCUGUGUUGUCUUUGAGAUUGGAAAAUAAAAGUAAUCACAAUAAUUAAAGACAAAAUUGUAUACAAAUAUGAGAUACAAAAAAUUGAAGCAUAAACCACAAAUUUUACAAAAGUGUUUUAAAUGUUGUAACAUUUGAUGAAUUUCUAACACAUUCAUCCAGUGUGUUCCAAAGAAUAGCACCACGGUAAAAUCAGUGGCGGACCGUAGGGUAAAUGGCAGGGUAUGCUAGGUGUUGGCAUGAUGUACAAGGGGCUGUACGUCCUCCCCCUACCCCUGAAAAAAAAUAUUUUCCCAUCCCCACAAAUCAUGCUCAAGUAAUUAAGAAUCACCUCAUAUUGUUUUGCGAGUUAUCCCCUCAUAAUCACCGAUCCCCCACUUUACCUUCCUAACACCAUCAGCUCCUUUCCAUUUCAAGACCCGCCACUGAUGCUAGGGCCUGCUAGUGAUUGGAAAAGUUUGUAAGCCUACUACUAUACAGAAAGAGAUUGCGUUCUAUAGUCAAAAUACAUUAGGCACUUUACGCAACAAGACGGUGGACGGUGGUUUUAUGCUCAUCAGAGUGCUUAAUCGGAACUGCUGUUCUCGAUGGUUCUCUGUCCUCUUGCGUAAAGCGCCUAAUGUUAUUUUUAAUACCGGCAUGGUUGUCUUUUCUUCAAAAGAAUUCUUAUUCCUGUAUUUUAACAAAUUUAAAUUUAAAUAAUAAUCCAAAGUUUCUUCUAUACCGGUCAUAUGUACAGUAUGUAAAUAUAUUUAUUCUUUAAUCGAUUCAGAUUAGCCUUAUAGAUAGAAUACCCGAUCAGCAGUGGAGGUCCCGAUUUGUGAGAAGAGCAUGCGCACAUACUCUUGGAAGCACUGCUUCCAUUCCAGUGUUAAAUUGGCUAAUCUGACGCCACCACACGGUUGUCACAAUAGCAAAUUUAAGUGCGGUAGGGUAUACUCUGACUUCUAUUGACUCACUGAUUAAGUAAUUGGCUGAUAUCGAAGACCAGCCAUGCGGAAAUUCUAAGUACGAUGCGAUAGGUCCGACAGUGACUUAUCCUAAUUACCCAGAAAGUAGGCCAAACAUUGAAAAACUUAGCUAUUCCAAUGAAUAGCAUUCCACACAAAAAAAUUAGCGUAUAUAUAGAAGAUCCUGACUGAGAAAUGCUAAAUAAAACGGAAAAACUGUACUAGUAUAUUUUUAAAUUUGUUUUAGCCAGGGUAUGCACUGCAUACCUUGCUUGCCUUGACGGUCCGCCACUGGGUAAGAUAAACUUUUCUUUUUGUAUUCAGUGUGAGGAUGAUCAACUUGUAAGACAUAUAAUCUGGUUAAAUAAUUUUGUUUCUUAAAUGUAAAGCGUUUGGUCAAAUAAGAUGGGGGCCAUGUUAUAAAAAAUCUUAUACAUGGUUUUUGCUUCAUUUUUAUACAAUUUGCUUUCUAAAUUUUCCUAAUUUAAGGUCUGCAAGGCUUGUGUACUUGAAUCAUCUUUUUUUUUUUUUUUUUUCAGAAUUAUUUUUGCCACUCUAUUGUGUAGGACUUUUAAAAAUUUGAGUAGAUCUACCCCACACUAGAUUACAGUAUUCAAAGUGAGGAGCAAUAAUGAUUGUGUACAUUAGAGAUUGUUGAUCAUUUGUUAGAAAUUUUAGAGUUAGAGGCCUUUUUCAAAUAGUGCAAACCCGGCAGAACUUGAGUUUUUACAUUAUCAGUUUGCUUAUUCCAUCUCAAAUUUUCAUCGCGAGAUGUUUGCAAUAACUAACUCUUUUAAACAAUUUUUUCUAUAUACAAAUUAAAUUAUUGUUAGAUAGUUUAGAAAGUUUCUGCUUUGUACCAAUAAUAAUACAUUCAUUGUUUUGUACAUUUAAUGUAAGUUUGUUGUUAAUGUGUUCAAGGUCAACAUUUAAGUUAUGUAUGUACAACAUCAUCAAUAUUAGGAGGUGAAUAAUAAAGUAUUGUAUCAUCUGCAUACAUGCUAAUUUUUACAUUACAAAGUAGUGAUGCCAGACAACUGAUUAAUUCGCUUCACUGGCUACCCAUCAAAGAACGCAUUUUAUUUAAAAUUCUUUUAUUUGUGUUUAAAUUUUUCAAUGAUCAAGCACCAAUAUACUUCAGUAGUUGUUUAAAAGUUCAUCAUACAUUACGACCAAAUCUUCGCUCUGAAUCAGACCCUUUUCGCCUUUCAUGCCCCUUAGUUCAUAGCAGAUCAGGUGAUCGUUCCUUUAGUGUAACAGUGGCCAUAGAAUGGAAUAAACUCCCUACAGCUAUUAAAACAACAAAUAAUGUUGAAUUUUUUUAAAAACUACUGAAAACAUAUCUUUUUUCAAAAUUAACUUGAGCUUAUUGCUUCAAAUCAUUAUUCAACUCUGUAAACGUUAUGAUAUAGUUUUCUAUGAAUAGCGUAUCUAAAUACUAAUACUACUAUUACAAACACUUUUUGGCAAAUCAUUGACAUAUAACACAAAUAGCAGUCUCCCUAGAAUAGAACAUUUUGAAUAAAAAAAGAAACAAAGCGUAUGCAAUGUAACUCCUCAUUCUUGAAAGUGAAAUUCUACAUUUUGGAAAAUUUGCAUGAAAUCUGUCAACCACACUGUCAUGGUCGAGGUUGC